ACUUACAGUACCAAACCCAAAUUUCUUCCUAGUUCCUACUUCACCUCACGGCACAAGCCUUUUUUAUGUGACAAGAUUCGAACUCGAAACCCAACUUUCCGCACCUGGAAGCGCGAGACGGAGAGGGAGAGAGGAGAAAAAAAAAAAAAGGAAGGGAAAGUAGAGAAAAUGGCGUCAUGAUUGGGUCUAGGGCUUCACAGACUUUUCCUUUAUCGAUUUCUCGAACUCAAUUUCUGGACUUCUCGUGGUGCAUAUUUCAAAACCCUAGAAAAGCUCGUGAAUCGCUAGUCUGGAACAGCUACGCUCAAUCUGUUGUUGAAGUUGAAACCGCGACUUCUUAAUUUGUUCCACCGGACUGUUUGAGUCCAGGGUUUUCAGGUUGAAUGAACCUAAGUUAUCGAAGAGGGAUUAUCCACACAAACAGCUCGUGAAUUUUUGUCCCGAUUGGUUGAUCGGAGAUUUCUGAGAGCUCCAAUGCCAGAAGAGGAUCUGGUCGAGCUUAAAUUUCGUCUGUACGAUGGAUCGGAUAUUGGUCCGAUUAGAUAUUCCUCAACCUCUACGGUCGCGAUGCUUAAGGAAAGAAUCGUUGCCGAGUGGCCAAGAGACAAAAAAGUUGUACCCAAGGCAGCAAGUGAUGUAAAACUAAUAAGUGCUGGAAAAAUCUUGGAAAACAACAAGACUGUUGGGCAGUGUAGAGUACCUUUUGGUGAACUUCCUGGAGGGGUUAUCACCAUGCAUGUUGUUGUGCAGCCAUCUUUAGCGAAAACAAAAACAGAAAAAAAGGUUGAUGAUUCCCCCAGGAAAAGUGUUUGCUCCUGCUCCAUAUUGUAAGGGCAAAAGAAAAUGUGAUACGCACUGGCAAAAAUUGAGAGGAUCGGCAUCAGUUACAUGUUUCCCAGAACGAAUGGAGUGCAAAUUGCUGGAGACACAUCCAUCAUACCAAGGAUACCAACGCCUACCGUGCUGUGUCUUGUGCUAAAGGUGUUUGUAUGUAAUGAUGCAUGGUGGUGGUGUAAUACAUGUAGUAGCAGUUAUAGUUAUUUGUUGUUAUUGUUGUUGUUGUUGUGUACCUUAAAUUUACUCCCUCAAAGGUCGACGCAUUUGAUUAUGUCUGUUGAGGUAUUCAUUUAUACAGACAUCUUUCCAUCUCUAAAUCAGCAUGUAAGAGGCUAGAGGUGUGAUUGUGUAGCAAAAGUUUGUGGACUUGGCAAUUCGUUAAUAGAAGUUGGCAGUACAGACAGUUCUGUAAUCAAGUUACGGCAGCUGAUAAGCCUGAUAUGUAUAACAGUCCAAGUACGAGUUUUAUUAU